AUGGAAGGAAGAAUCAAUACUUUGGAAGGAAGAAUCAAUAUUGUGGAAAGGUGGGCCAGCGGACAGAAAAUAGUGUUAGCAGAAUGGAGAAGAAAUAUCCAAGAAAUAAAACAAAUGAUAUUGGAAGACCAAAAUCAAGAAAGGGACUCGAAAGGAAGGGAGAAAUCUCUUGACAGAGCAAGAAGGGGAGGGAAAGAGGAAUUUCUGCGAGACAACAAGAAAGGAAAGAAAGAAGUAAAGAAGGGUAGGGAUGCUGUGAAAGGCAGUCUGCACAACAUCAAGAAAGCUAAGAAAUUAUGUGAAGAAGAAGACUACUUAGCUAAUGAUGAAGAGAAAAAGGAAGAAAAACAUCCACAGAGUAGUGAAAGAUGGAGAAGAACUACCCAAGAAAUAAAAGAAAUGAUGCAGAAUAUCAAGAUUCAGAUAAAGGACUCAACAAGAAGUGAUGAAUCUUCCAUGAAAGGAAAGAAAGAUGGUUCAGAGGAAGAGCUGGAGGAAGAGAAGGGAAAAGGGCAGCAGAAGUGGAGGAAGCAGAUAAAAUUGCCUACUUUUGAGGGGAUUGAUCCAGAGGGAUGGAUAUCCAGAGUAGAGAAAGUUUUUGAGAUCCAAAACGUGGCAGAAGACAAAAAAUGA